CAAGGUUAGGCGCCUAAAGAGAAGUGGACUCGUUUCCAAAACCGUACAGAUUCGACAAAUUCCUAAAAGUAUUCAUCCGCUCAUUUUGGGGCUGCUUGAACCAAGUAAAAUGUCCUCUCCUGUUCCCAAGUCGCCGGAACAGAGUGAGAAGAGCAGGAAAUACGACAGGCAACUGAGGCUGUGGGGUGACCAUGGGCAAAGACUGCUGGAAAACUCCAAAGUGUGCCUCAUCAACGCCACCGCUCUGGGCACCGAAAUCUUAAAAAGUCUCAUCCUGCCCGGAGUGGGCUCCUUCACAAUAGUAGAUGGAGAGAAAGUGACCGAGGAAGACAUCGGAUGCAACUUUUUUCUGGAAUAUGAAUCUGUGGGCUUGCCAAGGGCCCAAAUCGCCACUCAGUGCCUGUUGGAGCUCAAUCCCGAUGUGAGAGGAGACUACAUUGAUGAAACUGCCGAACAUAUCCUGUCGAAUACUCAAAACUUCUUCAAGAACUUUACAUUAGUGAUUGCAACGGGUGUUUCCGAAAAGGUGUUAGUUACUCUAUCCAAGCACUUAUGGGAAUGCAACGUGCCCUUGCUUGUCUGCAGAAGCAUCGGCUUUUUGGGCUAUGUGAGGCUCCAAAUAAAGGAACAUACAAUUAUAGAGGCGCACCCCGACAGUGAAAGCCCUGAUUUGCGAUUGGACAUACCGUGGCCGGCCCUACAAGAAUACCUGGAUGGAGUCAACAUCGAACAGCUGGAUCAGAAGGAGAAGAACCAUGUGCCUCCUCCAGUCAUCCUGCGCUAUUACCUGAACAAGUACAAGGAGAGCCAUGAAGGAAAACUGCCUGAGAAGAGGGUGGAAAAGGAGGCUCUAAAGCAGAUGAUCAGAGACAGUGGCAACUCCGAGGAGGGCAAGCAACGGUUUGUUUUAGAUGAGAACUUCGAGCAGGCCAUACAUUAUGCGAAUUCUUGCGUUACCACCAGAGCAGUGCCGGACCAUGUGCAAGUGAUAUUAGACGAUGAUUGUUGCACCAAUUUGACCCAAUCCAGUUCGUCCUUCUGGAUAAUGUGCGCAGCCUUGCGGGAAAUGGUCGAAGCUGAAGGGGCUCUGCCCGUUCGGGGCACACUGCCAGACAUGGCAGCGGACACGAACAGUUACGUUACCCUGCAAAACAUCUAUCAAAAGCGCGCUCAGCAACAAGUCGAAGUCAUUUACAGACGCGCGUCCCAAAUAGCCAGAAACCUCGGCUUGUCCCAAGAAACCAUCACGGAAAGCGAAGUGAAAUACUUUUGCAAGCACUCAAGCGAACUGCACCUGAUUAGGGGGACAUGCAUUGCCGACGAAUACCAGAAAACCAAUCUAGAUUUAACGGCCUAUCUAGAAGACCCUGAUAGCCUCAUAUUCUAUUAUGUGGUUCUUAGGGGCCUAGAGAGGUUUAUUGGCGAAUUCAACGCCUACCCUGGCCAGUUCGAGGAUCAAGUGGAACCAGAUAUUUUGAAGCUUAAAGGGGUGAUUGGAAAGCUGCUCAGCGAAUGGGGCUACUCGCAUGCCCUGAGGGAGGAGCGCGUUUAUGAGGUGUGCCGAUAUGGGACCGCGGAGUUGCAUUCAGUGUCCUCGAUUUUAGGGGGCUGUGCAGCCCAAGAAGUCAUCAAGGUGAUUACCAACCAGUAUAAGCCACUGAACAAUAUUUUCAUUUACGACGGCAUUAAUUGCACUUCGGCGUCGUUUUGCUUGUAGUGUGGGAUCGAAUGGAAAUAUGUUACAAAUAAACUGCGUUAAUUAUUCUCA